AUCAUAGCUAAUCAUCCCAUCAAAGUCCCGUUCCCUGGCACUCAUAAAACUAAUCCAACCUUUCCGUGAGUAACAGCUAACGGGGAUCAAUAUCAAACACUGGUAGACAAAAGAAAGGCAGAACACAAAAGCUAGGAGGCAAGAAAAAGCAAGGAAAGCUCAACCUUGUCUCUCCCUCUCUCUCUCUCUCAUUUCUCCUUCGCACAGUUUCGCCAAAAAGAUCCAAAGAAUGGAAGGGGAAAGGGAGUACUCCCCUCCCUUUUGGCCUCAACCCCAAAGAAGGCCCUCUCCUUCGCCCUCUUCUGCCCUCAGACCCUGGGUUCUAGUCCUCUUGUCUUCCAUUUUUAUUAUUCUCUUCCUCCCAUCUUUCCUCUCCUCCUCCUUCCGUGGCCUCCGCCCUGGGAACCUCAUAAAGAACGGAUGGGACACCCUAAAUCUCUGCCUCGUCUUCUUCGCCAUUCUAUGCGGACUUCUCGCACGCAACAACGGCGACGAGGCCGAGAAAUCGCCGCGCUCCAGCGAGUGGCCCGCGGUCGGCUACUCCGCUCCUCCGCCGGUGCAGAAUAGCUUCGGUGACCCCGCGGUGAACCCGACGGCGGGGAUUCGGCGGAUGAGGAGCAGUAGCUCGUACCCGGAUCUCAGGCAGGAGGCGGUGGCCGCCGAGGGUUGGCGGUUCUCCGACGACAUCCAGCUCUAUCAUCGCGGCCGGAGAUCGGAGGUGGAGACCAAGACGAUCCCGCUGGGCUCCGGCGAGGGAUGGAGGUUCUUUGACGACGUCCAGAUGUACCAUCGCGACCGGAGAUCCGAGGACAAUCACCGGGCAUGGCCGAGCACGCCGGAGGCGGAGUCGAAGACGAUCCCGGUGGAUACGUUUGUUCUUCGGAAAAGCCCGCCGAGAUCCCGAUCUCCACCGCCUACUCCUCCGGCACCGGCACCGGCGCCGCCGCCGCCGCCGCCCCCGCCACAUAGGCAUUCGAGGAAGAGGAGCGUCCACAAAAUGCUUCCGGAGAAGGAAUUGGAGCAAGAAACGAAAAUGGAAGAAGAGAAGCCCCAGCCACCCUCGCCGGCGCCUCCCCCACCGCCACCGCCGCCGCCUCCGCCGGCGACGGGGGCGGAGAAGAGGAGUCCCAAGAAAAAGAGUGGUGGAGGAGCGAAGGAUAUCGCCACUGCUAUCGCCUUGUUCUACCACAAGAAGAGGAAGAAAGGGAACAAGACGAACAAAUUCCACGACGAUACCUCGCCUCUUGCCAAUGCCCCUGCUUCUCCUCAAGCUGCGCGUCCGCCGCCGCCGCCGCCACCUCCUCCGCCUUCGUCUCUGUUCUACCAGUUAUUCUCUCACAAGAAAGGGGGGAGCAAGAGCCGAAGGAUCCAUUCGACGCCAGCUCCUCCGCCGCCGCCGCCACCACCUGCGCCUCUGAAACGACGAUCCAAGAAGAAUGAUUCCUCCCCUCCUCCGCCUCCACCUCCGCCGUGGACCCAGAAAUCUAGGAACCAGGUCGCUCGCUCUCCACCGCCGCCGCCACCACCGCCGCCUGCCCCACCACAGUUAAACAUCUACAGGAAGAGAGAAAGAACCAAUCUUUCUAGGUUUUCCCACCCGCCUUCAUCUUUCCUACCACCACCACCUCCACCGCCGCCUUCGCCACCGCCGACAGAUCUACAGCUGCUGUUCUCCGAGGAAGAGAUCGUGGUGGAUGGAAUCCUUGGAGGAGGAGGAGGAGGAGGAAUGGAGGGCGAGCAGAGAGAAGGAAAGGAGGGGGUGGCGGUGUUCUGCCCGAGCCCCGACGUGAACAAUAAAGCAGAUCUCUUCAUCGCCCGAUUCCGAGCUGGCCUCAAGCUCGAGAAGCUCAACUCCCUCCGAGAAAAACAACGAAAACAACAAGAAGAACUGCAGCAAGAGGAAGAAUUCAUGAUGGUGGGAGGAAUUUUGGACGAUGACAUCAUUCCAAGUUGAGUAUCACCUUUCACCGCCACCGCCGGUGUCGCCGCCGCCGCUCGAUGCAGUGAAAUUGAUUUUUUCCCUGAAAAAUCCUGUUAACAUUUUUUUACUAUUCAAAUUCUUAGAUUUUUAUAUACCGGAUUGAGACUGAGACGACAGCCAGAAAUAGUGGAGAUUUGGUGUGUGAUGUUUGCACUUUUUUAUGAUUUGAGUGUGUAUUUGUUUACUGGAUGAUGGGUUUUGGAUGGUUGGUGGUUCUAUAAAUUUAGACGGGGGGAGAGAGAGAGCCUGUGGUCCUGUUUUAAUUGGCAGGCUUUUAAUAGAAAUAACAGAAAAAAAAAAAAGGAACAAGAGGAUUGGUUCAUCAUAUCCUUGUAAUAUAUAUAAAAGUACUGGAGAGAUUAUAUUAACUAUGUUUUAA